GGCGCGGCUACCUGCGCGCGGAAGCUCGGGGCACUUGGCUCUAGGGGCACUGCUCCCGCAAGACGCUCCUGUUAAAGGGGCCGCGCUCCUACAGGCUGCUGGGUGGGGGGAAGGCGGUGAGAGCUGGGGAGCCUCCGGAACGAUUCUCCAUCUGUGUCAGAGGUGGACAAACCCAAGGAAAAGAGGAGGUCAGGAAUGGCUGGCUCCAGGAGUCUCUACACCAGCCCCUUAACCUGACUCUUUCUCUGGCUCCCGGGUGCUGCUGAGCGUUGGAUGCUACAGAAGGUGUGGGCAGAGCUGGGGUCCUGCCUCCAGCUGUGCGGCUCCCUGACUCUCUGGGUGCCAGUGCCUCCAGGAACCCUGCGCUGUGGGAUCGAGUUCAGAGCGGGACAGGGAGCUGCCCGCAGCCGCACUGCAGGUCUCCAGCCCGAGCGUCGUCCUGACCUCUCUGUCCGGUCCCCUUCCCAGUCUCACCAUGGCCUUCUGGACACAGCUGAUGCUGCUGCUCUGGAAGAAUUUCAUGUAUCGCCGGAGACAGCCGCUCCAGCUCCUGGUCGAAUUGCUGUGGCCUCUCUUCCUCUUCUUCAUCCUGGUGGCUGUUCGCCACUCCCACCCCCCUCUGGAGCACCAUGAAUGCCACUUCCCCAACAAGCCACUGCCAUCGGCAGGCAUCGUGCCCUGGCUCCAGGGCCUCAUCUGUAACGUGAACAACACCUGCUUCCCUCAGCUGACACGAGGCGAGGAGCCUGGGCAACUGAGCAACUUCAACGACUCCCUGGUCUCCCGGCUGCUAGCCGAUGCCCUCGCUGUGCUGAGGGGGCCCAGUGUCCACAGGACGCUGGCUGGCCUGGGGAAGCUGAUCUCCACGCUGAGGGCUGCACAGAUCGCAGCCCCGCCUCAACCAAGCAAGCAGCCUCCACUGGAACCACCUGUGCAGAACCCUGCAGAGCUGCUGAUGUCGCUGCUGCGUACGGAAUCCCUGGUGUCGGUGCUGGGCCAAGCCCAGGACCCCUUGCACAGUUUUCUGGAGGCAGCUGAGGACCUGGCGGAGGAGCUCCGAGCACUGCCCAGCCUGGCGGAGCUUCAGGCACUGCUGCAGAGACCCCGAGGGAACGGUGGCCCCCUGGAGUUGUUGUCAGAGGUCCUCUGCAGUACCAGGGGGCCUAGCAGCACAGUGGGGCCCUCCCUCAACUGGUACGAUGCUAGUGACCUGAUGGAGCUGGUGGGGCAGGACGAAGAAUCGGCCCUGCCGGACAGCAGCCUGAGCCCCGCCUGCUCGGAGCUGAUUGGAGCUCUGGACAGCCACCCGCUGUCCCGCCUGCUCUGGAGACGCCUGAAGCCUCUGAUCCUGGGGAAGCUGCUGUUUGCACCUGACACACCUUUUACCCGGAAGCUCAUGGCCCAGGUGAACCAGACCUUCGAGGAGCUGGCCCUGCUGAGGGAUGUCCGGGAGGUGUGGGGGGUGCUGGGACCCCAGACCUUCGCCUUCAUGAACGAUAGUGCCAAUGUGGCCAUGCUGCAGCGGCUCCUGGAAGAAGGGAGAAGGCAGCCCAGACCCGGAGGCCAGGACCACAUGGAGACCCUGCGAUCCUUUCUGGACCCUGGGAGUGGUGGCUACAGCUGGCAGGAUGCCCAUGCUGAUGUGGGGCGCCUGGUGGGCAUGCUGGACCUGGUGACCGAGUGCCUGUCCCUGGACAAGCUAGAGGCGGCACCCUCGGAGGCAGCCCUUGUGUCGCGGGCUCUGCAGCUGCUCGCGGAACAUCGAUUCUGGGCCGGCGUUGUCUUCUUGGGACCCGAGGAUCCUUCAGACCCCGCAGACACAACCCCAGAGCUGGGCUCCGGUCACGUGCGCAUCAAGAUCCGCAUGGACAUUGACGUGGUCACGAGGACCAAUAAGAUCAGGGACAGGUUUUGGGACCCUGGCCCAGCCGCGGACCCCCUGACCGACCUGCGCUAUGUGUGGGGUGGCUUCGUGUACCUGCAGGAUCUGGUGGAGCGCGCAGCGGUCCGCGUGCUCAGCGGCGCCACCCCCCGGGCCGGCCUCUACCUGCAGCAGAUGCCCUACCCGUGCUACGUGGAUGAUGUGUUCCUGCGUGUGCUGAGCCGGUCGCUGCCGCUCUUCCUGACGCUGGCCUGGAUCUACUCCGUAACGCUGACUGUGAAGGCCGUGGUGCGGGAGAAGGAGACGCGGCUGCGGGAUACCAUGCGCGCCAUGGGGCUCAGCCGUGCGGUGCUCUGGCUGGGCUGGUUCCUCAGCUGCCUCGGGCCCUUUCUGCUCAGCGCUGCUCUGCUGGUUCUGGUGCUCAAGCUGGGGGACAUCCUCCCCUACAGCGACCCAGGUGUAGUCUUCCUGUUCUUGGCGGCCUUCGCGGUGGCCACGGUGGUCCAGAGCUUCCUGUUCAGCGCCUUUUUCUCCCGCGCCAACCUGGCUGCAGCCUGCGGCGGCCUGGCCUACUUCUCCCUAUACCUGCCCUACGUGCUGUGUGUGGCGUGGCGGGACCGGCUGCCCGCGGGGGGCCGCGUGGCCGCGAGCCUGCUGUCGCCCGUGGCCUUCGGCUUUGGCUGCGAGAGCCUGGCGCUGCUGGAGGAGCAGGGUGAGGGCGCACAGUGGCACAACGCGGGCACCCGGCCCACGGCAGACGUCUUCAGCCUGGCCCAGGUCUCGGGCCUUCUGCUGCUGGACGCAGUGCUCUACGGCCUUGCCACCUGGUACCUGGAAGCUGUGUGCCCAGGCCAGUAUGGGAUCCCUGAGCCAUGGAACUUUCCCUUUCGGAGGAGCUACUGGUGUGGACCUCGGCACCCCAAGAGUCCAGCUCCUUGCCCAACCCCGCCGGACCCAAAGGUGCUGGUGGAAGAGGCGCCACCCGGCCUGAGUCCUGGGGUCUCUGUUCGUGGCCUGGAGAAGCGCUUUCCUGGCAGCCCACAGCCAGCCCUGCGGGGGCUCAGCCUAGACUUCUACCAGAACCACAUCACCGCCUUCCUGGGCCACAACGGGGCUGGCAAGACCACCACGCUGUCCAUCCUGAGCGGUCUCUUCCCACCCAGUGGUGGCUCUGCCUUCAUCCUGGGCCACGACGUCCGCUCCAGCAUGGCCGCCAUCCGGCCCCACCUGGGCGUCUGUCCCCAGUACAACGUGCUGUUUGACAUGCUGACUGUGGGUGAGCACAUCUGGUUCUAUGGGCGGAUGAAGGGUCUGAGUGCCGCUGCCGUGGGCCCUGAGCAGGACCGUCUGCUGCAGGACGUGGGGCUGGUCCCCAAGCGGAGUGUGCAGACUCGUCACCUCUCUGGUGGGAUGCAACGGAAGCUGUCCGUGGCCAUUGCCUUUGUGGGCGGCUCCCAAGUUGUUAUCCUGGACGAGCCUACCGCAGGCGUGGAUCCUGCUUCCCGCCGUGGCAUUUGGGAGCUGCUGCUCAAAUACCGAGAAGGUCGCACACUGAUCCUCUCCACCCACCACCUGGAUGAGGCAGAGCUGCUGGGAGACCGUGUGGCCGUGGUGGCGGGGGGCCGCUUGUGCUGCUGCGGCUCCCCGCUCUUCCUGCGCCGUCACCUGGGCUCCGGCUACUACCUGACGCUAGUGAAGGCCCGCCCGCCCCCAACCACCAGUGAGAAGGCUGACACUGACGUGGAGGGCGACGUGGACACCGGGCAGGGAAGGAAGAGCAACAGCCGGGGCGGCAGAGUCGGCACCCCCCAGCUGCUGGCCCUGGUGCAGCACUGGGUACCUGAGGCACGGCUGGUGGAGGAGCUGCCACAUGAGCUGGUGCUGGCGCUGCCCUACACGGGUGCCCACGACGGCAGCUUCGCCACGCUCUUCCAAGAGCUGGACACGAGGCUGACGGAGCUGAGGCUCACUGGCUACGGGAUCUCCGACACCAGCGUCGAGGAGAUCUUCCUGAAGGUGGUGGAGGACUGUACUGCAGACACAAAUGGAGAGGAUGGCAGCUGCGGGCAGCUCCCGGGCACGGGCAUCACUGGCCUAGACGUGACCCUGCGCCUCAAGAUGCCGCUGGAGGAGACGGCGCUGGAGAACGGGGAGCCGGCUGGGUCAGCACCAGAGACCCAGGCCCUGCAGGGCUCUGGGCCAGACACCGCGGGCCGGGUACAGGGCUGGGCACUGACCCGCCAGCAGCUCCAGGCCCUGCUUCUCAAGCGCUUUCUGCUUGCCCGCCGCAGCCGCCGUGGCCUGUUCGCGCAGAUCGUGCUGCCCGCCCUCUUUGUGGGCCUGGCCCUUGUGUUCAGCCUCAUCGUGCCUCCUUUCGGGCACUACCCGGCUCUGCGGCUCAGUCCCGCCAUGUACGGUGCCCAGGUGUCCUUCUUCAGCGAGGACGCCCCGGGGGACCCCAGACGUGCCCGGCUGCUCGGGGCGCUGCUGGAGGAGGCAGGGCUGGAGGAGCCCUCCACGCAGAAUAGCUCCAGCAGGUUCUCGGUGCCGGAAGUUCCUGUUGAAGUGGCCAAGGUCUUGGCCAGCGGCAACUGGACCCCAGAGUCUCCGUCCCCAGCCUGCCAAUGUAGCCGGCCUGGCGCCCGGCGCCUGCUGCCCGACUGCCCGGCUGCAGCUGGCGGGUCCCCUCCGCCCCAGGCAGUGACCAGCUCUGGGGAAGUGGUUCAGAACCUCACAGGCCGGAACCUGUCUGACUUCCUGGUCAAGACGUACCCUCGCCUGGUGCGCCAGGGCCUGAAGACUAAGAAGUGGGUGAAUGAGGUCAGGUAUGGAGGCUUCUCUCUGGGGGGCCGAGACCCAGGCCUGCCCUCGGGCCAAGAGUUGAGCCGCUCAGUGGAGGAGUUGUGGGCACUGCUGAGCCCCCUGCCUGGCGGGGCCUUCGACCGUGUCCUGAACAACCUCACAGCCUGGGCUCGUAGCCUGGAUGCUCAGGACAGCCUCAAGAUCUGGUUCAACAACAAAGGCUGGCACUCCAUGGUGGCCUUUGUCAACCGAGCAAACAACGCACUCCUACAUGCCCACCUGCCCCCAGGCCCGGCCCGCCAUGCCCACAGCAUCAUCACACUCAACCACCCCUUGAACCUCACCAAGGAGCAGCUGUCUGAGGCCGCACUGAGUCCCUCCACCCUGCAUAUCACACCACUCAUGUACCCCGCCUCCUUCUUCUUCUCCGUGCCCAGCACUGCCUAUGUGGUGCUCACCUGCAUAAACCUCUUUAUUGGCAUCAAUGGAAGUAUGGCCACCUUUGUGCUUGAACUGUUCUCUGAUCAGAAGCUGCAGGAGGUGAGCCGGAUCUUGAAACAGGUCUUCCUUAUCUUCCCCCACUUCUGCUUGGGCCGGGGGCUCAUUGACAUGGUGCGGAACCAGGCCAUGGCUGAUGCCUUUGAGCGCUUGGGAGACAGGCAGUUCCAGUCACCCCUGCGCUGGGAGGUGGUCGGCAAGAACCUCUUGGCCAUGGUGAUACAGGGGCCCCUCUUCCUUCUCUUCACACUACUGCUGCAGCACCGGAGUCAACUGCUGUCACAACCCAAGGUGACGUCCCUGCCGCCCCUGGGAGAGGAGGAUGAGGAUGUAGCCUGUGAGCGAGAGCGGGUGGUCCAAGGAGCCACGCAGGGGGACGUGUUAGUGCUGAGGAACUUGACCAAGGUGUACCGUGGGCAGAGGAUGCCAGCUGUGGACCGCUUGUGCCUGGGAAUCCCCCCUGGUGAGUGUUUUGGGCUGCUGGGCGUGAACGGAGCAGGGAAAACGUCCACAUUUCGCAUGGUGACGGGGGACACGUUGGCCAGUGGGGGUGAGGCUGUGCUGGCAGGCCACAGCGUGGCUCAAGAACCCAGUGCUGCGCACCUCAGCAUGGGCUACUGCCCUCAAUCGGAUGCCAUCUUCCAGCUGCUGACGGGCCGCGAGCACCUGGAGCUGUUUGCGCGCCUGCGUGGUGUCCCAGAGGCCCAAGUUGCCCAGACUGCUGGCUUGGGCCUGGCGCGCCUGGGACUCUCGUGGUACGCAGACCGGCCUGCGGGCACCUACAGCGGAGGGAACAAACGCAAGCUGGCGACGGCCGUGGCGCUGGUUGGGGACCCAGCCGUGGUGUUUCUGGACGAGCCGACCACAGGCAUGGAUCCCAGUGCGCGGCGCUUCCUCUGGAACAGCCUCCUGGCCGUGGUGCGGGAGGGCCGCUCCGUGAUACUCACCUCGCACAGCAUGGAGGAGUGUGAAGCGCUCUGCUCGCGCUUGGCCAUCAUGGUGAAUGGGCGGUUUCGUUGCCUGGGCAGUGCGCAACAUCUCAAGGGCAGAUUCGCGGCUGGACACACGCUGACCCUGCGGGUGCCCGCCGAGAAGUCCCAGUCGGCUGCGGCCUUCGUGGCGGCGGAGUUCCCUGGAGCUGAGCUGCGUGAGGCACACGGAGGCCGCCUGCGCUUCCAGCUGCCGCGGGGAGGGCGCUGCGCCCUGGGGCGAGUCUUUGGAGCGCUGGCGGCGCACGGUGCAGAGCACAGCGUGGAGGACUUUUCCGUGAGCCAGACCAUGCUGGAGGAGGUAUUCUUGUACUUCUCCAAGGACCAAGGGAAGGAUGGGGAAGAGGACGCGGAGGAGCAGGAGGAGGCACGAGUGGGAGUGGACCCUGUGCCAGGCAUGCCUCGCCCCAAAUGUAUCAGCCAGUUCCUCCAUGACCCCAGCACCCUGGAGACUGUGCUCUGAGCCUCCUUCCCCUUCGGGGCCGCGGGGAGGCCCCGGGACUAGCAAGGGCAGGGUAGAGUGCCCAGGAGCCUGGACUCAAGCUGCCAGAGGGGCUGGUGCCCUGGAGAAAAUAAAGAGAAGGCUGUGGAGAAGCCGUGAAGGUGAAA